UUUCUGCCACAGACACACCAAUACCCUUCAGGGAAUUUGGACUGUGGGUAUCUGAAGACUCCACAAGCUCCCAAAUCACCGUUUGCAGCCCAAGUGCAGAACAUCCAUAUUAUGAGAACUCCUCUGUGAGCAAAGUGUGUUACAAGAUGAUUGACUAUCAUCAGCAAAUGUUAAAAGAAAUGACCACAAACACAGUGGACCUCGUCUUUCUGUUUGAUGGAUCAGCGAGUAUGACCGAAGCAGAAUUCAAUAAAAAUAAAGACUUCAUUGUGGAGAUAAUGGACAGCCUAAAGAACACAUCAAUCAAGUUUGCAGCAGUUCAGUUCUCCAGAACAGUCAACAAAGUGUUUGACUUCAAUGACUAUGAAGCUGGAAGUGCGCUGGAAAAACUCAAGAAUGAAAAGCAUUUAAAAAGUCUCACCAACACACACAGAGCCCUCGAAUUUGUGAUGAAUGAAAUCUUGGAAAACCCAGCUGCAGGCGCCACUCCUGAUGCAACUAAAGUUCUGGUUCUUAUCACAGACGGAGAUCCCAGUGAUGUAGACAGAACUGGGAUCAUUAAAAAAUAUGAUGAUAAAAAUAUAAUUCGCCUUGUCAUUGGGAUCGGGGAUGCAAAGCUGGAUAAAUUUAGGGCCAUCGCUUCAGAACCAAAGGACAAAAACGCCUUCAAAAUUGAGAACUACGAUGGACUCACAGAAGUCCUGGAGAAUUUUCAGAAAAAGAUCUUUGUCAUAGAAGGCUCCAAAGUGGCUCGGGCAGGAGACAUGACUGACGAAAUGUCUCAGAGUGGAUUCAGUGCUGUUUUCAACAAGGUUUGCGGUCCACGUGUAGUCAGCAAAUCUUCUGACAGCUCCUACCUGAAUACUGUCUGUCACAAGAUCACAAGUCUUCAACAAAGCUCCUCCUUUCCUCCUGCUGCUGAAGAACACACAAAUAAUUCAGUGGACCUCGUCUUUCUGUUUGAUGGAUCAGCGAGUAUGACCCAAGCAGAAUUCAAUAAAAAUAAAGACUUCAUUGUGGAGAUAAUGGACAGCCUAAAGAACACAUCAAUCAAGUUUGCAGCAGUUCAGUUCUCCAGAACAGUCAACAAAGUGUUUGACUUCAAUGACUAUGAAGCUGGAAGUGCGCUGGAAAAACUCAAGGAUGAAAAGCAUUUAAGAAGUCAUACCAACACACACAAAGCCCUCGAAUUUGUGAUGAAUGAAAUCUUGGAAAACCCAGCUGCAGGCGCCACUCCUGAUGCAACUAAAGUUCUGGUUCUUAUCACAGACGGAGAUCCCAGUGAUGUAGACAGAACUGGGAUCAUUAAAAAAUAUGAUGAUAAAAAUAUAAUUCGCCUUGUCAUUGGGAUCAAGGAUGCAAAGCUGGAUAAAUUUAGGGCCAUCGCUUCAGAACCAAAGGACAAAAACGCCUUCAAAAUUGAGAACUACGAUGGACUCACAGAAGUCCUGCAAAAUGUUAAUAAGGCAUCUGAUUUGGAAGUCUGCAGGAGUACUCGGGUCAGAGACACGACUGAUGAGUCGUCUCAGAGUGGAUUCAGUGCUGUUUUCAGAAAGGAUACCCUGAUCGUGGGUUCAGUGGGAUCAAACAGCUGGCGUAGUUCUCUCCAUAAACAUCGAGAAGAAAUGCAGGUGGAUUCUUACCUGGGAAAUUCCAUUUCUGUUGGGGAGAAAAAUGGCGUUCCUUUGUAUUUCAAUGGUGCACCAGUGUUUGAGCACACAGGACAGAUCGUACUUUUCAGACACCAGUGCAAAUACUGGACCGCAGUACAAAGAAUAAGUGGAGAUCAGAUCGGUUCUUACUUUGGUGCUGAGCUGCACUCAUUCGAUGUUGAUUCAGACGGUAACACUGAUUUCCUGCUGGUGGGAGCUCCACUGUUUCAUCUGCCUCUUGAAAUGAAAGAAGGCCGGAUCUACAUCUACUCUCUGACUGAAAAGAUGCUACUGGAAAGGAACCAGGAUGUGACGGCACCAUCCACGGGUAGAUUUGGCACCACCAUAUCCAGCCUUGCAGACCUGAAUGGAGAUGGCCUCCGAGACGUUGCUGUUGGAGCCCCCCUUGAGGAUGGCAACAGUGGGGUUGUGUAUAUCUACCAUGGUCACAGGCAGAGAGGGAUAACCAGCACUUUCAGCCAGAGAAUUGUGGGAAUCAAUAUAAAUUCUGAGCUGCGAUUCUUUGGGAAGGCCAUCGUUGGGGACCUCGGGGAGGAUGGACUCCCGAGUGUUGUGGUUGGGUCACAUGAUGCAGCCGUUGUACUCAGGUCCAAGCCGGUCUUUAAUGUCCUGCCUCGUCUGUCAUUUGACCCUGAGGAGAGAAGCACUGAGACACUUGACUGCCUGAGUCCAGAUACAAAUGUGCCUUUGGUUUCAAUAACAGUGUGCUUUGAAAUGGUAGAAGCAACAAAAAGGAAAGCGGGGGCAGUGAGCUCAGCGUUGAACAUCAAGUACAUGCUUCGUGUGACGAGUCAAACAAGUCAGAAGAGCUUCAUUCAAACCUUAGAGCUGAGAGAUGAAAGCACCUGCUUCAACUACCCCAUAAACAUAACAAAUUUUGUGGAAGACACAUCAUCUCCUCUCAGGAUCAGACUGAACUUCUUUCAACCCGACAGCGAGAGCGCGACCGCCGUCCUGAACGUGGACGCGGACAGAGAGGCUGUGCUUGAGGUUCCCUUUAAAAAUAAAUGCUGAAGAAGUGACAGCUGAUCUGAUGGACCUGAAGAGCUUCUGUCUGACAAACAGCAGCAGAAGAAUUAUUAUUAUAGAGUGAUCAUUUUCAUUAAUAAGACUGAUUAAUGAAAAUGGGCCUUUGGGGGGUGAUUGUACACAUCAACCUGAUUGGGCUGCAUAAGGCAGUAAUUUUGUGUUACUUUAUAUUUGUGUGCAUUGUUAAUGUUAUUUCUGGCU